AUGGCGCAUCCCAACGGUCAACAGACCUAUUACGGCCAACCAGGCAACCCACCUCAGCAAGCACCCGGCCGCUAUGAGGGCUAUCAACCCCAGCGCAAUUCCUUCCAGAGUCAGCACCUGCCGCGACGAGUGCCCAGUUUCAACGCCGGCGACGACUCUCAACUGCUCAAUUCCGCUCGGACCCACAAUGUGAGAGCGACCGACACAAACGCGCAGUAUUCGGUGACUAGUGGGCAGAUGGUCGGCGGUGCACAAGGGACCUACAAUCCAGCAUACGGGGGAUACCAAAAUGCUGGGAACACGGGGUACGCACAACCACCUGCGAAUAUGAACCAGAUGUCGCCGACCCGCGCGUCAUCGCAAUCCGCAGCCACAUCCGGCUACCAGUACCAAUACCAAUCCGCGACUCAGCCAGCCUAUAACCCGCAGCAAUAUGCUCUUCCGCAAUCUCAAACGCAACCAAACUUGAGCUACUAUAAUCAGUCGUCUUAUACUGCACCCAACAACACCUAUCCUAGCCCGGUUUCCCCACAUCAGCCUUACAACCCGGCAGCCUACCAGCCCGCUCCAGUUCCCGGCGUAUCACCAAACAUCCAACGACAACCGAGCUCCGUUUCGCCAUAUGGAUAUGCACAGCCUGCUCCUCAAUCGUACGGAUACCCUCCGCAGCCACCAGCUCCUCCGCCUCGGGCGCCCGAUCAUCCCUAUGGCGGACGUUCCCCUUACGGUGCAUCGCCUGCUACAUCGAGUCAGCACUCUAUGGCUACAACCUCUCCAGCCUACCAAAAUGUUGCAUCACCAAUGACAAAUACAUACGCGACCUCGAAUUCGCCUGCGGGGGCUUAUAUGCCUCAAUCGGCUUCUCAUAAUUACUUUCCAGCGUCCCAAGGGUUCGGAAGCGACUCCCCAUACCCAUCCCACACUAUCCCCCCUAUCAACAGUAAUUACGAUGAUCGACCGCCCGAACCCCCUGCGCAUCAGCCACAAGCCAACGGACUCUACAUUAAGCGAUCCAGCUUAACCCAGAGUGGACGGGCACUUCCUAUUCCUCCGGGACAGCAGCAAGACCUGCCGAUUCUUGCCCCAAGACGUACAGAUACCUUGACACGACAUCCGCAGUCACGGCCACUGCCCGGUCCACCCGUUGAUGCUGAGUCCGAUACGCAUACUAGCGAUGAAAUGUUGAAGGAACUUGAAGAUGCAGUGAUGGAUACACAGGCAAGUUUUACUCGGCGCCACAGCUCGCGAACAUCCCAGAGCGGUUCUUCCGCCCACGUGCGAUUAUCACCUGAUGAGCAACACACGCAUACGAAUGAUGCGUCUGGUCUUAAUGUCAACUACGAUGCCUAUAGCCAUGACAGUGAUGCUGAAGCUGAGGCUGGACUUGCCAUGAUGCAGAUGGCUGAAGAGGAAGAGAAGGCCAUAGCAGAUCGCCAAAGGGAGAGACUCGAGGGACGCAUUCGACGCGAGACAAAUGCCUCUAUUAGGAGCUCCCAUUCCCGCGGUUCUUACGAUGCAUCAACUCGGGGUCCUUCUCCAGGUCAUUCCCCAGUCCAAUCCCCAGCUCAUUCUUCAGGGCGUUCACCAGGACGCUCACCCCGUACAGACACGGAGGAAGAUGGUGAUUUUGGGCACUAUGAUUUGGCCGCUUACGAGGGAGGUUAUCAAGCCAACCUUCAUUACGGGGACGAACCAGCCUACAACUCCCAGGAACGCUUGGAUCCUGCCAGCGCUGCAUACGUAGGUCGCUCGAAUUCUUACAAAUCCGGCGUCUCUGCCGAUGAUCAAGGAGAUCUUGAUGAUUACGACCACCCACGGAUUGCCUAUGAAUAUGCCAGUCGAAUGGCCAAUGCUCCAUCGGAGGCGCGUGUGGACCAUGGAGGAACAGGUGGACUGGCUACACCUGGUGAAUAUGGCCGUCGGAUGAGUUGGGAUUAUGGAGAGGACGGGGAUACGUACGACCACGAGCAGCACGACGAAGCAGGACAUUCCGGAGAUGAAAGUCCCAAUCAUGCCGCGCACGAAGGGCUUUUCUUCCAUCCUGGCAUUGGUAUGCGCCCAUUGCCUCCGGCUCCUGCUGAGACAGCUUGGCAAAACGAGCUCUCUACGCAUUUGAUGCCUGCUGGCACUUAUCGGCCACCAGAGGAAGACGAAGCUCAAUCACAGUAUAAUAAUCCCUCCUUAUCUACUUCUACGGACGCGCAUGGAGAGUCAAUGCUCAGUCCAUCGCAAGUUCCGCGGUCGUCAUCCUUGUCCACGCCUAUUGGGCCUCGUACUGAUGCUCCUAUCAGGUCAAAGACCGAUGCAGAUCGAGAAAAGCAUAAGCAGCAGGAUUUCUUGUGGCAUCUCCACAACAAGGAUUUGCCUGAGGUGGACCCAGCCGAGGCGGCUGCUACCAUGGCACUUGAUUUGCCUGAUAUUCCCACUGGGCGUCGCAAGAAGUUCCACCCCGCAAAGCUGUCUUCUGAACAGUUCAAAAAAUGCACUGAGCCAUGGGCGCUUAGUUCGAUCCUAUCUUGGAUUCGUGAUUUGAGCGAGGACGAGCCCUAUCUUCGAGAGCAGGCCAUUGUGGAUGCAAUUGUAGCCUUGUUCACACACAAGGUUCCGACUAUGAAUAUUGCAGAUGCUGAGACUUUGGCCGCUCGCGUCGUGGCCAGUAUGAUUGGAGAGGAAGCGUUGGUAAAAGAGGAAGAAUGGGUCAAAUUCAGCAAUGGUAGCCUUGCCGGCGUUCUGUUCCAGAUUACGGGGACGGGAUGUUAUUCGCCCAAGCUCCAUUUGACAGAGAUGCACAUCCAGGAUACUGAUUCCUUCGGCCGGUGCUACUCUCAUCACUGCAUGAGAACAUUGAAGAAGGUCAAUCUCAAGGCGCAGAUGAUGGCGCCACAAAAGAAGAUCGAGGAUUGGGUCACCUUCUACAAGGUUCCGAAAGAAACUUGGGAAUCGUACCCUAGGAAGGAGAUUGAUCGUCAAAAUAACUUGCAUGAGAUCGUCACAACCGAAGAUGCUUACAUCAGUCAACUGGACGUGCUCAGAGAGCUUUACCGCGAUCAAUUGGCUAACAUGAAUCCUGCUAUCAUUGGCCCCAAGCGUCUGUCUAAGUUCUUGUCUGAUGUAUUUGGCAAGGUCGAUGCAGUGAAAAAGGUGAACGAGGAUUUCUUGCUCGCUCAAAUGAAGUAUCGUCAAAAGGAACAAGGUCCGUUCAUUGCUGGAUUCAGUGACAUUUUCCGUGAAUGGAUCCGCAAGGCCAAGACUGUCUACAUUGAUUACGCUGCUACAUUCCCGACUGCGAAUUACCUCGUGCGUAAGGAAGCGGAGCGCAAUGUUCACUUCAGAUCGUUCCUUAAUCAGGUCCGCGAGCAUAAGCUAUCUAAUCGACUGAGCUGGGAUACUUUCCUCAAGGCUCCUAUCACUCGAAUUCAACGAUACACACUGUUGCUUGCUACUGUGCACAAGAAUAUGGUCAAGGAUUCCGAGGAGAAGGCCAAUGUCGCACAGGCAAUCGAAGAGAUCAAGAUUGUGGCUCUGGAGUGUGAUAACAAGGUUGGCGAGAUGGGUAAGAAAGCUGACUUAAUGGAGCUUGCGGCUAAGUUGCAGCUGCGUCCUGAGAUGAAGAAGGAGGUCGAGCUCAACCUUGAGCAUCUGGGCCGCGAAAUUAUCUUCCGUGGUGACCUCCAGCGCCCCGGUACCCGAACCCGAUUCCUUGUGGAUACGCACGCCAUCCUCUUUGACCACUACUUCGUUCUUGCAAAGUCGUUCAUUACACGCGAUCCCUCCCGUACUACCAAGUAUGAGCGGUAUGAUGUUUCCAAACUUCCAAUCCCGAUGGACUUGCUGGCCCUCGAGAGUACCAAUGAUGAUCCAGUGGUCAAAUCAGCCAUGAGAGGUGUCACCAAUGCUGCACCAGGCCAAGGUGUGAUCAGUCCGAACAACGCAGGCGCUGCCGCCGGUGCGAACGGUGCUAUCGUGAAUCUUGAUUCCAAAGAUGACAAUAUUCUUUAUCCCUUCAAGAUCAAGCACCUUGGAAAGAAUGGCACCUACACGCUUUAUGCAUUCUCCUCUCAAAGCCGUCAAGAAUGGUGUGAUAAGAUCAUUGAGGCAAAGACUAAGCAUGCCGCUGCUUUGUUUUCGCAAAAUGCUGAACCUUUCCGAUUGCGUGUCCUUGCUGACACUGCCUUUGGUUACGGAGAUACGACAAUGGGCUCGAAGAGUGUUACCAUCAAGGGCACGCCUCUUCAUCGGGCAAUCAAAGAAGUCGAGAAACAACAUAAGGAUUCCGGACCGCGUCCUCCGCCGGUUUGCAGGACUGGCGUUAAUUGUGCUACGGUCUUCCAGCAGCCCCCUGGUCGAAUGAUGUGUGCGAUUGGAACUGAUUAUGGAGUUUACAUGUCCGAUCUUAAUGACCCUCGUGGGUGGUAUCGAUCAAUCGUCGCUACUCGAGUUACUCAAGUUGCUGUGUUCGAAGAAUUCAACUUGUUCCUACUCAUUGCCGAUCGUUCUCUGAUUGCUCAUCACCUUGAUGUGAUCUGUCCCACAAGUGGAGUUCCCUCUCAAUCACACGAUUCUGCUCGCCGAGCCCCACAGAAGCUUUCUGGAAACCGUGAAGUAGGCUUCUUCGCAGCUGGCCGCAUGAAGGACAGAUACCUUGUCCUCUACAAAAAGCGCGACGGAUUAUCAUCCACCUUCAAAGUCCUUGAACCCAUUCUUCAGAAAUCCUCCUCGAGCAAGAGAGCCUUCUUCCAGUCUCGCCGCUCUCAAACCGAGUUCUUCCGUGAAUACGACGAAUUCUACAUCCCAGCCGAAAGCUAUGGCAUCAACAUGUUCCAUUCUUCCCUUGCCAUCUCAACACAUCGUGGCAUUGAAGUCCUCACCUUGGACAAGAAACAGUCUUGGUCUGUUCCUGACUUCCGUUCCGAAAGCACCUCCGACGCAAUGGAUACCGUGUCUGGUAUUGCUCAGCGGAUCAAAGAUCUGCGACCUCUGGGCAUGUACCGACUCAGCGAUAGUGAGUUCCUGGUCGCCUAUGAGGAAUGCGCUGUAUAUGUGAAUAAGCAUGGCGAUGUCUCGCGUAGUGUGGUUAUGGAGUUUGUGGGACGCGCACACACAGCUUGUCUCCAUGGAAAAUUCCUCAUUCUCUUCAACGAUGACUUUGUUGAGGUACGGAACGCUAUGAAUGGUCGUUUGAGGCAGGUGAUUCCAGGCCAUAACGUUGUCUGUCUUGAUGAUGGCAGUAAACUUCCUGGAUCAUUCGGUCAAGCGAAUGCAAGUGGCAUUAGUGCCCAGAUCGGCUUCAACGGUCAACAUGGCAUUACCUCGAACAGUCACACUGUUAAGAUUUGCAUGCAACAUCCUGAAUAUGAACGCAGCCAGAUAGUGUUGGAGCUGGUUGAAAACGAGGGACAGAAGGAGUGA